CCAAAAAAGUUCAUAAGCCGAGAACAAAUUACUUGUCAGCUGACUAUCGACUUUCCCAUCGAAUCAUCAACGAGUGGAAUUCACUACCUCAGCACGUGGUUGAGGCUCCAUCCGUCGACUCUUUCAAAAGAAAGUUGGAUCAACUGAGAGACCACCAUUGCCAGGACUAACAUAGGCCAUCGAGCCUCCUGUCCUUCCCAAACUGAAAUUGAAACUGAAACUGAAGUGCUCAGCAAUUUUCACAGUCGACGAUACCCCUGAGGCGUUUUUGUUCAUGUUUUGCUUAUUGUCUUUGAUUACUUGGUUAUCUAUAAUAUGUAUAUUAUAUGUCCAAUAAUAUUCGAACUUUUUUGGCAUAAAGUAGUUUUUAAAUUCUGUUUGCAAAGUAAUAAAGAGCCGCUAGUCCUGUGAUGUUAUUAUUAUUAUUGGCUUUAUGAAGAUAAUAACACGAAACGUAAUAAUAUAUUAUCAUAUUUUUGGUACAAUAUAGAGUUCUCAGUGCAAAGUAUUUCAAAAAGUUUCCUUUUCUUAUUCCUUGGUUGAUCUCGAUGAUAAUUAAUGUGAUCGCCAACUAAAAGUUAGUAGUUUAUAAAUCGACAUCUGAAUAAUGUACAUUAUUUUUGAUGUAUAUUACCAGCAACCACAAUGUUUCUGAUUGUGCUCUUCCCUAACUUGUACAGCGAAAGGUCGUCACCUUCCAAAGCUCCCAACUUUGGGAAAAUCCCCGAAGUGAAAUAGCCUUCCUCAAACUUUGGGGUUUUUGUGCCAUUUCUUCAAAAUGUGCCAAGUUUUCUCCAAAGUUGGGAGCUCGGGUUUUCACAAACUCACCCGACUAGGUUGUGCAAUUAAUUGACAUGAUGAUCUGUUGAAACCGAAAAACAGGUAACUUGAUGGAAUAUCUGGAUGGCAGAAAUGGGUAGCCCAGUUAUUCAAGCAGACCACCCUCAUAAAUCCCAGUCGCUGAGCUUUCAAAAUUUAUAGGUAAUCCAUAGUACUUAGCAUUAUUAUUAUUACUAUUAUUUCAAGUCAGUUCCAUGGACCAGUUAUUUAUGUUCAUUUACUGUAAUUAACUGGUCAGGAAAAGUAUCACGUAAUAAGUGUCCCCAGGUCUUUCAAAAAAUCUGGCACAGUGAUCACUGCUCGACUGUAGGUUGUUAGUCAUCUAGGAUUAUUUAAAAGUCCCUAUUUAGGGUGCUUUUUGAUCCGCACCUUUUAUUGCUUAGUCUGAAAUUAUGGAUAAUGAUCAUAUAAAUACCAGAACACCAAUCACACGCGAAAGAUUGCGUAUUGAAAAGUCAAAGUUCAGUCAUUACACCCUCCCAAAACUUUGCUAACUCUACGAUCACAAUUUACAAUAUCGUCGUGACUAAAUACGGUUGCUCGAACCAGAACUAUAGGAAGUAUCUUUGCACAAACCGCGUCCAGGUAUCCCUAAUUUCGUUUUGUUGUGAGUAAAAUACAAGCGGCCGUCAUAAUUGUUAUUGUCGUAGAAUAGUUCAUAACAAUCGAUUUGGAGUUGUGCUACGGCGGUUUAAGCCCCAUAGGUCUUCGUCUGUUUUUUUUUUCGCUUACCAUGUCCGUUAGCAUAUGAUCAUCAAGCCAAAACUCGAGCACAACCCACCGCAGCAUCUUAAUCAAGUCAUCUAGAUCCAAAUGUACUGGUACGUCCGAGGGUGGACAAAAUCAGCCCUACCUUUUGAAAUACUAUCUUAUGGUCACGCGUAUACAGCCAUUACAAGGAGAGUCCUACUCACCUUGUGUUGUUUACGAAAUUGAGAGAACGAAAAGCGAAUGUCCGGCGCUUUAGCCGGGUCGAUGGGUACAGAAGAUCUACUCAGGGGUGUUGGAAAUCCUUAAUUUUAAACCAGUGGUGCACAUGGACUCCAGGAUCCUGAGGGAACAAAUGGCGUAUGAACCUAUUGUUGGUCACCGGCUAUCAUAGGGCUGCAUCUCCUAACGUUGCUCCACUGUCUUAUGGGUUAAACCUCUAGGUCGAGGACUUGGGGUGUGGCCCCCUUAGAAAACCACCUGCAUGGGUUUGGCGUUCGGGCAGUAUUCCAGCCCUCACACAAAUCGAAUGACGAAAUGUGGCGCACAUAUAUUUGGUGCAUCUAUGUACCUAUAUUUAUGUUGAAAUAAAAUAUUAGCAUGUCACAUACAUCAGUCUUCAAUAGUAAGGAUAUAAGGUCAGCCGAGGCUUGUGAAUCACUGCAAUUUGUACUGCUGUGGAGAUCCAAUCUGUCUUUGAAAGUAUCUGUAGAAGGUUCUGAUAUUCCGUGUUCUGGUAGAGAAUUCCAGUGAUUCACUACUCUGUGCAAGAAACGGGACUCUAGACGUAAACUAUUUGACCUCGGCUUUUUGAAAUUUAUUGGAAUGUCCUCCCAGAUAAUAGUCUAAAGUGGAAAAAGGUAAAACAUGAUACCAAGAUUAUCGUUCAGUAUACCGUAAGCCAGUAUUAAUUCACCUCGUAACCUGUGAUAAGAUAACGGAAACAAGUUGAGACGUCUCAGUUUGUUUUCAUAAGACAGGCCAGAGAGACCUUAAAUGCUGAUAACUUUAAAGGAAAAUAGACGGGUAUGACCAUAUUGCUAUCGAAGACAUGAAUAGAUUCCAUAACUCUUGAGUAAAUUGAUGCUUAGCGUAGUUAGAUGUGAAUCACUAUUACUGGACAGCAUUUGCCAAGAAUAAGUGCUAUUUCAUAAGAAUUUCCACCUUAUGUUCUGGUGCUUAGAAUAAUUUUAAUUGUCUUCGUAAGGUUCAAUUGUUGUUGAACAUACAAAGAUUGUUACCGAUUCCUGGUCGUCUACACUGUAGACCUGAACAGAAGAGGACUUUGGGAAUAUGGUCGCAGCGCUCAAUGGACGCUUUCUUGAGGCCGGCCACAUGACUUUUUGGUGAGUAGUUUCAGACCUUACGACUAGGAACGGAAAUUUUAGGACAAACUGGGGUGUCAGUUUCGGGACCGACCCUUCCUAACUCCCCGUUGUGGGAAGGCAGCAUCACUGCGGACAUUUAAUAGAGUUGCCUUCGAAUCAUUAAAGUGGUGCUCAGUCUGUUAUAAAUAAGAACUGGCUCAUCCAUACAAAUGCCUGGUUCACUGAACUUGGUUUUCACAAAAUGUAAAUGGAGAUCUAAAUAUGUGUAUCGACGAUAGUGAAGGCUAAACAAGGAUUUAAUCUAAAAAUGCAAGUGAUUAAAGCCAUCACGUUUGGAUCUUGGGAAAAUUUAAAGAAUGAGCACAAAUUCCGGCCGGUGUCGUCUAAAAUUUCCAGUCAUAGGUAGAUGUCGCUAAAACGAUAUGCUCUAGUUACCGUAGUCAGUGUUCCAAGAUGGUAACACCGACUGAAUUAUCGUCACUAUGCCCGAACGCAAAUUGCUGAAUUUCAGCUGUAUUAACAUGGUGUUAGCGCUGGCUAUCAACACUUUUAGAGACAACGGUGACCAAACACGAAAUGUUUAACAUCCUUGGAGAGUUCAGGUUUCACAAGUAUAGGGCAGAACUGUUCUCACUUACUCGUAAACCGGACUUGCUACAACCAGGCUAACAUCACGAUGGGACCAAAAAUGCCUCAGAUCCUAUUCCUCUACCCCCCUUUGUUUUUUCGCAGUGUUAUCUUAUUUGUGUACCGCGUAUAUUUUUAUUGCUCACUUGUGUUAGAUUGUAUGUGAAUCUAAUAAAUCAGUAAAAACUAUCUAAACAAAAGCAGUUCUAGACAACUGUUUGUAUUUUACUAACAAAUAUAUCGUCAAUGAUACCCUCGUGAUCUGUAUGGUUUAUGUACUAUUUUUGUUCAGCUUCUUGAUAGUGUUCGGCAUUAUUAUGUAUACUAUUAACACUACUCAUCUGAUCCCCAUGAUUCAUGUAUUGUAGUGUAAUGUCGCCUACCACAGUUUGAUUGAUGACCAAAAAUUUCUGACUUUGAAAGAACCAUUACACAAUAUAUUCCUCAGAACGAGUCCUAUCAUUUCAUUAGCAUCUUCACCUUUAAAACUUGGAAAAUAGCCCGGGAAGUAUUCUCCGGAACAUAAGCAUGUUAAAUCACAUAACUGGUCCGAUUUCUAAAGUAAUAUCAUUCUCAAUCACAAUAAUAUACGAUGCCAUUGCUUCACCAUAUCCUGUCCCUACAUUCUUUUUAACGACGAAUCCGUAAUCUUCGCUAUGAUGAUUUAUAAAAUUUUCACUAAUGAUUAACUCGGAUUUGGUAUUAACCAAGGAAGAGGUUACUGUUGUAUUCGUAAAGGGGAUCCAAUUCUUACAUUGUCCGUGGGCGACUGAUUCUAGAUACUUAUUCUAAAACCGUGGUAAGGGUCAAUAUGAUAGACUUAAGUAGCAUUUUAUGUUGUCAACUUAUAUGUUAAUUUGCCCAGUCGUUUCCACUAGCUUAACGGACUUUUUGUCAGUGGAUUUUCCUGUCAAAUCUCAUUUAUUCUUGUCUCUUUAUUUCUUACUCAGCUCUUAUGGCAUGCGUUAGGCCGAGAUCUUGAAAAAUAAACAUAACGUUUGCAGUUAUGAACUUGCGUUUUAUCCAUCCAGAUAGUGAAGAAAGACUUGGUUUCGACCUGUCAGAAGAAGUACCUGAACCCAAUGAGGACGGGGGUUGCGGUAGCUCUAUUCUACAGUUUUCGACUUCUGAUUCUUUCCAUUCUGUGGAGCAACAACGCCAACACCUUCCUGUUUUCACCAAAAGAAGUCAGUUCUUAUAUCUCCUUGAAAAUUCCAGGGUUUUAGUCGUUACUGGAGAGACUGGGAGCGGAAAGUCUACACAACUUCCUCAAUACGUCUAUGAAGCCGGUUGGUUGGACUCAAAAUCCAAUAAUUUUAAUCCAUUUGGAGUUACCAUGGCUGUGACACAGCCAAGGCGUGUAGCUGCAUUAAGUUUGGCUACACGUGUAGCUGAAGAGAAAAAUUGGCGAAUCGGUAAACAAGUUGGAUAUAUCAUACGUUUUGAAGUAAGAGUUACCAUACGUCGUCGCUUUUUCCGCUGACUUUUGUGUAUAAGAGUCUUUCCAAACUGGGUUAUUCCUCUUUUUUUAAUCUCUGGCAAUUGUUUGGAUAUAAACCAAAAGUACUCCAUCUUAAACGAAACAAGCGCAAAUUAUUAUGCUCCGGAAAUUUGAGUGAAGUCGUCGUGGAAAUCUAACUGAAAAAUAUUUCUUUGCUCAAUUCGCAUUUUGAAUGUCGACGUGAAAUUAUUUAAUUUGUUGAGAGCGAAAGCUAUUUAGACAUUUUAAAUAGUUAACUUUUCAAAGGAAUUUUUCCAAUUAGCUUUUUAUCAUGACUCUACAUAUUUCGGAUUCGAAAGGUUUUUGAAAUUAUUGAUAAACAAGGGACUGAUUAAAAGAUGCAAAUUAAUAGGAUAAUUUUACUACUUUUUUUCAACCUCUAUUAUCCAAUAAAUAAGUUGAAACAUGUAUUUAUAAAUUAACAGACUAUUUAAUGACUGGCGGCAAGUGUUGGAGACAAUGGUUAUUUAAGAGUAAAGGGACAAGAAUGGCAAUUAGGAAAGUGGGAGGAGUAAUAGCUCAUUUUUAGUUCACUCUAGUUUGUUUGAUUAACAUAUUAAAAGGUAGUUAGAAUAUGUUGAUAUUCAAAGUAUUGAAAGCCGUUGUACAAGUAUAUUUUGUACACAGAGAUUUGGGAUUCAUCCCAUUGUUGAAUAAAAUAUAAUUAUAGAUUGUAAUUUAAAAAGGACGAAAAUAUUUGUCUUAUGGAGCAUAACUAAUGUCUUCUUUAAAUUGGCACAAUUAGCCCACAGGCUGCAUGGAUUAUACUUCAGGGUUAUUUAUUUGUGUAUUAACACCAACGUUUAUUCAGUGUAUUAUACCUACUAUUCGUGUACGAAACGAUAAUAGGUUAGAAGGUUAAACAGUGGUUCGUUUCCUCAACCCAUCCGUUCUGAUUAAUUUAUUAUGUGUAUAUUAAACUGUAUUCGAAUAAUUAUUGCUAUUGCGUUGUUUGUCUCAAUAAUUUGAAUGCUAUACUGUUGGGGAGGUUAGAUCCCCAGAACUCACUUGGUAAAUGCCUUAAUUUUAUAAUUUUAUUUUGGAAAUUUAAAUUUCCUUGUUUUCGCCUCAAAAGCGCUCUUUUCACCUUCAUGUCGUAUUUCCCACUUGGGAGAAUCUUUAACGCUAUUGGUCCGUUGUGUAUUUUUAGUAUGCUAUUUUUGCAACGCUUCUCAAGGACAGUUUUAUGCUGUACAUACACGUUUGAUUUGUGUCUGUUAUUAUUCACUCGUGCUUCUGGCUUACGGAAUAUACUUUCCCGUUCCAAGCUUGGACUACUUCCUCUAGUUAGCGGGGCUGGGACGCAUCAGAAUAUCUAGCUUAUUGGUCUUCGGUCACAAAUGUUUGUUCCGUUCGCAUACUAAGUGAACUCGUAAUAGCUUCAAACCUAACAAAUUUGGCGAUGGGGAUGGGAUUGGAACCCAAAACAUCAUCCCAUAACUGAUUGGGGUAAUAUUCGUAUUUCUUCCAACAAAAGUAAUAAAGAGUGUCCUUAGGAUUCGCUAUUCAUAUUAAAUCUUCAAAUACUAGCCUACCUAAAGGAUUAAUAUCCACUUUGAAUCGUGCAGGAGUGAAGUGUGCUCCACUUGUAACUUUGGAAAGUCAGUCUACGGAUCUGUGAAAUUUAUGAUGCUUUAGAAAUAUGUAAUCCAUUUUAAACGCGAGUAAAUUUAUAGACUUUUGUGUGUCUAACGAGUCCCCGUUUCUCCUGUACCCAACUUCUUGCAAAAAACCUAACAGUAUCAAUUCCUUUAUCUGUCUUUCAAUUAAAUUCGGUUUAAUAUAUAUGGAUAUGUUUUCACAAUGUUUUUUGAAAAAGGAAUGUUGGACACCAAAUUCAACCGUCAUCUCAUAUCUUACCGAGGGUAUGAUGAUACAGGAACUGUUGCGUGAUCCGCUUCUUACUCGCUUCCGUGUAAUCAUGUUAGAUGAAGUUCAUGAAAGAUCUUUACAAACAGAUAUUUUGUUGGGUCUUAUUAAGAAAGUAUUACGUAAAAGGCCAAUUGACUUGCGAGUUAUAAUCUCUUCUGCUACUUUAGAAGCUGAAAAAUUUAUAGAGUAUUUUUCAAAAAUGAAGAUACCUGAAGUUGAAACCGAAAAUCAAGGGCUAAAAUUAACUCCUGUUUCACAUUUAAAUGUGGAAGGACGUCAAUAUCCUGUGUCCAUAUUUUACUCACUUGAUCCCGUUCCUUGUUAUUUAUUUGCAGCUAAAGAGACUGUUUUUCGGAUACAUGAAACAAAACCAUUAGGUGGUGAUAUACUUGUCUUUGUCACAGGUAAACAUUCUGGAUGCAAAUAAUUGUUAAAUUAAGAAUAUUACUCAAGCUGUACAAAAUUUUCUUGACUGUUUUUUCACAGAUGUCUAAAUGUGAUGUAUGAUAGACUUUACUUUUUACAAGAAAUUUCAAAGGAAAGGUUCAUUCACAUCAUAUUAAUGUACAAUUCAGAAUUGCAGAAACAUAUUAGUUGCAAAUGAGAAAAAAAUACAGUUAGAAAAAUCAUUGACAAUUUUUGUAGCAUACAACAGAACGAUUGUAAUUUAGAGAAACCUGAAACCUGUGUGUAUUCAAGGAAUAAUGGUUGUUUUUCUUACUCUCAUUAAUCUUUAAUCCAAAAGAGAUUUCAAAAAAAAGUUGAAUAGUAUCUCAUCACUACUUGCGUUAUUUUGAUUUUAUUCGAUUCUUUGAUAUGUCACAACAUAGUCAAUACACUGUGUACGAUGAAACUUCAGUUAUCAUGAUGAUCGAUAAGAGUUGUACAUAGCAGUGAUGUGGGUUUUUUACAACUUAAAUAUAAUUUGGAAGAAAAAACUGCCAAAUCUUAACUCCAUAAGUGAACGGUAUCUCACACACCUAACGAUACCUAGCUCUUCGGUGUGUACUAAUGAACUGCUUUUUAACCUGUCUGGAGGUUAGAGAUUUUCGAUUAUUUCUCAAAGGACGUGUGUAUUCAGUGAGAAUUGUCUUCCAGUUAAUAAACAUUUUAUCACCCACCUGACUUCAGCACUAAUAGCUUGCACACGUUUUACGUAUAACAUUCUAAUAGUUUACAUUGUAAGCAUUUAAUGCCACUAAAAUGGGAUUGAAAACUAGAGAUGAGCAUUUUGUGACAUGGUACCACAGAAUGAAAGAUAGCUGCGUUGAAUUAACAUUUGAUAACAUUUCACUACAGCUCAGUGGGUUAAGAGAUUAUCACACUUAACUUUAAGUAUGAGUCAGUAAUAAUUCUACUGUAAUUUGUUUUUGUAUUCUUCAUAACCUAGUUAUACAUUUGUACUGAAUGAAAUCAAUAUUGAUUAGUUUCUUCAUAAAACUGACAUUCUGUCUCUUAGUGAUGUAGGUUUAGAUCUCUGAGAGUGACAAUAGUUCCUCAAAGAUUUCAAAAAUAUCUCGGUGGUAUAAAUUGGUUCUGGGAUGUAUAUGGGCUUUCUAUUGAUCGUUUUUAAUCAGCUGGUAUUUCUAGGUACCGAUUUGUAGUGAAUAAUGAUGUGGUUUAUUACACCGACAGGCAUAUAUAUAUUCAUGAAAAUUGGUGUUUAAACCUUUUGAGCGAAAUGAACAAGUGAGUAUUAACGUGCAGAAUGCUUUUUGAUUAAUAAGUUGUAACACACACAAUGAAGUUUUGUGCGGAACUGUUUUUCUCAUUUUAUCGGUAUUUUGGUAUCGUAUUAAAUAUCUUAUACUGAUAUAUAAAUAGACUUGACACUAAGUUUUCCCAGGAAGCUUAUAGAACUGCGAAAGUAAAUAUUUGCCAUAUGAGAUUAGUAAUAAUAUCCACAUAUAUAAAUGCAGGAACAGGUUAGAAGAGGUCAUUUGGAGUUGGGAUUCAAAAACAUAAGGGGUAGGUGAUGCAUUAAUUAAAUGAGGUCCGGAGACGGAUAAGAUAGCUUGUUUGAUAAUUUUAGAUGUUAUGAUGGAUUUACAUAAGAUCACUGGAAUGAAAAAUGAAUAAGCGAGAAUUAAGUGAAUGAAAACGUAUAAGUGCAGGAAUGGUUUUGGUGUACAUAAAAUAAGAAUUAGUUAAGAGAAGACCCCAUAACAAAAUAAGCACUAAUAAAAUAAUGAUAAUGAAAAAAUAAUUUACCAAGAUAGUGAUAAGUUUAUUACUGUUUCUUUCUAGAUACAGAAGUCAGGUUUGCGGCUUUUAUUGGUAUUGUUUCGGCAAACCAAAAAACUGCGUUUUUUCGUCUGCUAAUGAUUUUGAAGGCUUAUGAAAUGUCAGUGGUAUGUCUUGUGUCAAAUAAAUGCCGAUCUAUUGCACCUCUCAGUUCCACGUUCUUUGGAACGUGCUCGGAAACGGAAAUUUAAUAUCAUAAUCGAUGGAUUCUAAAUAGUCACUUGAAAGAUGCUUGUUAAGAUAGACCAAAUAAAUUACUUCUACUACUAUGUCCUCUCACUGAAUCUCACAAUAAACACAUUUUGUUGUAAAUUUGAAUAAUACUCUUUUUAUGUAUGACUAAAAGAUAAUAAUGAGUUUAAAUUAUUUGACCUAUGAGUAAAAAUUCCCCAAAACUGCAAUAUUCAAUUGUUACAAAGAUAAAAUUAGGUGAAAAGUUCAUGGUCAUAUAGCAAAGGUCAAGUGUGAACUCUACAUUCAAUGAAUAUAGUCCACAAAAAUUAACAACAAAUCCCUGCAUUAACUAUAAUGUUUGCUUUAAAAAAAUUAUUGUUACACUAACAAUCGAUAUGAUAAAAAUUAAUCUUUUUCAAAUAUCUGCUGUUAAAAGUAAACUCAGAUAUGUCGUUAAAAGUGAAUUAUCAAAUAUAAUGAAUUCAUAUUAUUCUGCAUCAAUGUUUGUUCUGGCUUUAUUCAAAUUUAUAAAAGGAACCAAUUCCGUCAAAUUCAACAUGUUGUUUACUACUCACAUUACUGACUCGACUCAGUUUUGUUCGCAUUUCAGUAUUUUUCUUGCUAAGUAGUAAAUACAAUCAGUCUGUCCCAAUUAGUUGUUUUUUUCAGUUUUUAUCUCUAAAUAGUACGUCAUAAAAUCUACUUUGUUAGGAUAUGUUAUGAAUCAUGUCUUAUAGACAAGGAAAUUUCAUCCUUAGUCUCUGUUAAUUACAAUUAUUAGUCUAGACUUUAUUGUGUCUAUUGUGAUUAGGCUUGUUCACAUGACCUGAUUACUUAGCUGCAGUAUUUAAGAUUACGUCUAUGCAUCAAAAUAUUUUGCUUAUUUUGAGGUAGAUGUACUAUACACUUUAUUUCAAUGUUCCAUUAUUGAUUGGUGUGCUUUGUUUAUCUCCCGCUACAUACUACUUCAGAGAGGAAAACAUAAUAGAAGUACUUUUUUAUCAGUUAAGACUUUAUGCUAUCAUAUUUUUGCAAUAACAUCGUGUGCGUAUUUAUACUUUGUUCCACAACUUUUUAAGUUUUUUUUUACAUAAUCAACUGAGUUGACAUCAUGUUGAACAAUAUACGAAAAUUGCAGAAAUCUGUUCCUAUUGGACAUCGAUAUUAGGAAUUGAUGAUAAUAUAAAGAUAUCGACUUUUGCUUAACAUAAGUUUUUUAGUAAUGAUUAUGCAUAUUGAGAUUUCUGUAGUCGACAGGUUGUUCUGUUUUGAAGGAUAACUGAUAAGUAUAUACUCAGUAAUUAUUUAUUUUUCUUUUCUAUUCAUUGGUCGCAUUACUGAUAGAUUUGACAAGUUUCAGUUGACAUACUAAUUUAACUGAUGACCUAACACAAUAAUUGUUAUAAAUUUGAAUAAAUUUGCUGCUGAUUAAGUUAAUAUAUAGUUCUUUCAACCUGAAAUUAUAUAUUGGUUGUAGUUUUAGAUGAACAUGGCUAUUUUGUAACUGUAACGUUGUGGGUAUUCCUGUUUAUCUUAUUAGUGUGCGUUUUUGUACGAAGUUGUACUGAAACGAAAUUUGGUGGCAUUAAACUCAUUUGCGAUUUUGAUUCGUGUUUCUUUUUUGGAAAAUACUUACAUUCAGUUUUAUUUUGAUUCCCAAGGUCAGAAUGAAGUUUCCCAACUGGUUGGCAAUCUAAUUGAAGAAUAUCGGAACCGCAAGGAGCGUUUCUUAAAUACUCAGCAACAAAGUUCCAAAACAAAGUUACCUACUAACUACCCACCUUUACGUUGCUUACAGCUUCAUGGUUCCCUUCCUCAACAUGAACAGCUUCGUAUUUUUGAACGACCAACUCGGUCUUGUCGUAAAGUUAUUGUGGCCACUAAUGUUGCGGAAGCGUCAGUUACAAUUCCUGGGAUUUCUUAUGUGAUUGAUUGUGGCUUUUCAAGAAUUCGAGCGUAUAAUCCUGUUAAUGGGCUUGAAGCUUUAGUUACUAUACCUACAUCUCAAGCUUCAGCACGUCAACGUGCUGGUCGAGCCGGACGUACAAGAACUGGACAGGCUUAUCGGCUUUAUACUGAAGAGGCAUACAAUAAACUAUUGCCACGUUUUACACUACCAGAAUCUUUACGUGUUGAUUUAUCUGGUGCCUUGUUACGCUUAAAAACGCUUGGUAUCGAUCGUUUAGCUCAGUUUGAUUGGCUCGAUCCACCACCUGCAUCACAUGUAGGUCAGUCUGCUGAACGACUUGUUGCUUUAGGUGCUCUCGAUGCUAGUUCUGGUCAUCUUACAAUUCCUCGUGGUUUAAAAUUAGCAGAAGUUUCUACAACGUGUGGUUUAGACCAACCUUCAACUGCAGCUGCAUUAUUAGGUGCUUGUGAUGAAGGAUGUUCUCAGGAGAUUGCUGCGAUUGUCUCAUUAAUGCAAAUUCAACGAAUAUUUACGGUUUCUGAUUAUAAACACACAAGUGAUCGUAUUCGUAGGCAGACGUUCGGUUGUCAGCAAGGUGAUCAUUUAACAGAGUUAAAUGCAUUUGUUGCUUACGAGAACCAAUCAAAAUUAUUGUCAAAGUCGGAACUUCGAACCUGGUGUCGAGAAGUAGGUUUAAAUGAACGUGGGCUAGCUCAUGCAGUUAUACUACGUGAUCGAAUUGGCUCCAUGUUUCAUCGUUUAAAAUUGCCUUGGGUAAAAGCAGAGCCUGAAGGAAAUCCUAAUCCAGUACUAAGGGCGCUUGUUCGCGGAUUUUUUCAUCAAGUAACAAUUUGUCUCAUUGAACUUUUGUUUUUUAACCUUAUAUAAUUCUUUUUUAGGAUAGUGUUUAAUUGUUUUUAGAAAACCUCAGCCACUAGUACCAGUUUUCUGCAACCGUAAAGUUUAAAUUCAUGAUAUAUAUUUUUUCCUUUGUACGGAUGCUUUUCAUUACGGACUAGUGUUAGCUAAAAGAAAAAAAACAGAUAUUUUGUUCUAACUGGCACUUCUAAGCAAAACUCACGCAUCCAUACUGGAUCAAACCAUGAACAUUUAGGUUAUCCAAUGUUAACUAUCCCAUUCAUAAACAGUAAAUCGGAAUUCAAUAGUGUUCACUUCCAAAUUAAGUGAAUUCACACAUAUUGCUAGACAAAUAUCCAUUACCAUUGGUGGGUAGCUAACUAACUGUAUUAUUCUGAUAUGGUUUGCAGUAACUGCAAUUGUUGUAGUGACACUUCGAACCCAGAUACGGCAGUUUCCUCGACAUCCUCACAACUGGACAUGGUUGUUUCAAUUUAAAUUCAUUCAGUGAACAAUGAUUUUUUGUGAUAAGUGGAGAAAUUUAUUCUCCGUUUCAAAGCAUACUUUUAUGUAUCUUCUAUGACAAUCAAUUUGUUUCGUUAAAGUUACAUAUGUUCAAUUAUUUAAUUGUUUGUUUUCAUAAUUGUUGUUUAUCACGAAACUGCAUAUCCAAUGCUUGGAUGAAGUUUAUCUUUCUUUAGAAAAGAUAAUCUCAUGUAAUUAAAUUUGAGUAUACAUAUAAAUGAAUUAUUGCAAUUAGUUCCCUCGAUAAACUUUUGUAAAGUAAUAACAACAAAUAUUGUGGGAUGCAUUGGAUGUAUUUCAUUAUUUCACGUGUACUAAAUCUUCCACAUACUAACUGAUUUUUAGAAAUAAAGAAAUGUUAGAUGUAUGUAAUACUAUGUGUGAAAUCCAUAAAGUCAUUUACUACACCGGUUUCAAAUAAUUACAAAUAAUUUUCAUAUUCGUGCAACCUCAAGUCAUCGAUGACAUGAAUAGACGAGAAAGAGAGCGAGACUAUGACAUGAUUGAAUAUCAAAAAUAUGUAUAAAUUGUCAUGAUUACUAUGAGAAAAAUGAAAGUGAUAAUAAUUACCCAAAAAUAUAAUAAAGUGUAUCUUACAAAAUUAAAUUUGUCAAACAUUUCAUUUAUUAUUACAAAUCAGCGUAUAUAUAAAAUGAACUUUUUAUACAGUUCAUAAAUUUAGCGAUAUUUGAUAUAAGAAUUAUACUUUAUGUUCAAAUAUUGCAAUAUGUAGUGACCAGAAUAAUGCACAAUAAGCAGUAGAUUCUAAUCUAUUACCCAACUGGAAUAUACAUUGUGUGAUUUUGAUUUCUUAUGAACAACGAGAGGAACACUUGGAUAUAGACAUUCAUAGUCCUAACAUUGUAUAUAGGGUAAUCCAAAUAUCUUUUUGGUAUAUUUAAAUGAAAUGUGAUUAGUACUUCUGGACUAGUUAGAUAAGUAAUAUCAGCGAUGGAUACGAAGUAGCAGUGAAUCGAUGUUUGACCCUGAUUUAGGGUUUCUCAGGGACACAAUAAUAAACAAUUAGAUUCCGACCCAGUGGUUUAAUGGCACUGUGCUUGUCUCAACACUUGAAGAUCAUGACUGGUGCUACGUUUUGGUCCGGCCACCCCUAACCUCCCAACCUACUCCUACACUAAAUAACUUCGCCUAUCGAGUUAGGUGAUGGUUAAGCAUAUGUAACACGUAUUCCGACCACUUUAGUUGAUCACCGUUCACUACCUUGUCAACUGACUUGCCAUCUUCACCUAGUACCCUACCCCUAACCUCGGCGUUGCUGAGUCGUUGGUCCUAAAAUACGCGAGCCAUGUGUUGGAGGAUUCUUAUGAUUGAAUACUAGUAACCUACGAAUAUCCUCUACUAUUAAUGGUCAUGUUUAUGAGCUAUGAAGUAGAAUAGCGGACUGCUGCUCAGUAAACUCAUCCUUCGAUUGACAGACGGGUAUUUUACCUACAUCACAAGUUGGCAAAAUCAGUUGAGCUUUCUGAAUCCGUGGCCGGGAUUCCGCCGAACAUUAGACCAUGAGGACUGAUGAAAAUUCCAAAGCAAAUUAAGUGGCCAGCACACUUAACCACUUCACUUCCUGUCAUUAAUUUAGUUGCUGACUCAGGCUUGUCUCUAGGUAGCAUUUCGCAUUUGGAGGGAUACAGUCGCAUUUCAAACAUGCUUAUAUUUCUGCUUAGGGCGGUAAGAAGACUGAGUUUUGUUAGCCUCUUGACCAAAUGGUGCUAUGUUAUCUACGUAUUUUAAGUCAAUAAGGAAGUCUCCUGAUAAAAUAUCGACCCAUCUUAAGCCAGAUAAUGAGAUUGUUAUCUCUAAAAGAAUGUCUGUGAAAAAUUUAAAUAAAAACUAGAAAAUUGCAUAGUCUUGAUAAACACCACUUGAAGUUAUCAGCUCUAACUUAACCAUUAAUAUUCGAAUAGAAAGCCUGAAAAAGGCUGAUGCACUAUAAAGAAUUUGAAAGAAGAAUUCGAUAUCUACUCAACUCUUUCUAGUUCCCAGUUCUGUAGUUAAUAUAAACUUUUCGCACCGAUCAUCUUUAAAACGAACAAAUCUCUAUAGAUCACACAAGUGUAUAUAUAUUGAUAAAAUGUGUAUGAGGUUCAGUUCUGUGAUGUAUGUGAAUGAUAGCCUGUUAAAUGUCAUUUUAGUUAGUGUAUUUGUUUCAUGUAGUUUAUUUAUUUAUUUGUUUUUUUUUACAUUCUAUUAACAAAAGGCUGCUCGUCUCGCUUCAUCUGGUUCACAUUAUUUAACUGUAAGAGGAGAUCAUCAAUUACGCUUACAUCCUAACUGUAUUUUAUACUCAUCUACAACACGGUGGCCUGCUUAUAUCUUAUUUACAAAUGUAUUUCUCACACCUAAUUUAGAUUAUAAUAAUGAUACUAAAUCAAAUAAUAAUAAUAAGAAUGACCUGUCAAGUACUUGUAUCAGUGGUGUCAGUGUUAUACAACCAGAUUGGUUGCUGGAAUUAGCUCCACAUUAUUAUCAAUUCGGUACAGAUAGAGAACAUUUAGAACAUUCUUUAGGAAUAAAAAAAUGAUGUAUAUAUUGGUCAAACCAACUAGUUAUAUAUAUAUAUAUAUAUAUAUAUAUAUAUAUAUAUAUAUAUAAUUUCCUUAUGUAUAGUAAAAUGUAGUCUUCAUAUUUGAAGGAAGCAAUCAGUUUUUGUUAAAAUUACAAGUGGUCGAUGGUUAUUAACAUUUAUGUAAAUAUAUUUGGCUGCAUUUCUUUGUUUUCUACCAAAUUAUUCUGUACAAAUCCAAUCUUGAAAUGUUUUGUAUUAAAUAAAUCUAACGGUUUGGUAUGAUUUCAUUAUCUUCCAUUUGGGCUAGAUUUAUUCGGCAUGCGUAGAAGUAAAUAUAUGUUUGUGUGUUCAAUCACUUUCUCUAUACAUUACGCGUAAAUUCUGAUGCUUUAGAACAUCAGAAACGCUCCGUACAAAGUAAAAUGGUAGUAUUUUUAAGAAAUUGAAAAUGGAAAGGUUUUACAAUUUUUAAGUCAGUUAACUUUUUAAUAAAGGGUAUUGUACGGUUGAUGAUCCAACCGAGACAAAUAACUUCUUGUUUAUGAUGAAAAUAAUCGGAAACUAUUCUGAACCAUAUUCUAUAAUAUCUCAAACCAUUAGUUUCCAUAAUCUCUCCUUGAUUUCACAAUCAGGGAGUUUUGUUGGACCUGAAGUUGCUAGUCGUAUGAAGCUAUUUUUCAUACUAAUUAGAGUCGGCAAAUAAUGGGAACUGUGGAGGCCUUUAGAGUGACAUGCGUAACGCGUAACCAAGCUACUGAAUCCUAUCUGUUAAGAUGGUGACAGUGCUCGAACACAUUGCUGAGCUCUAGGAUAACUAACAAAGUGUCGUCUCUAUGUGUGAACAAUUUAUUGAAUUCAAUGGUAUUCGAGUGCAGAAAGUCACCGAGCAUCUUCAACUUGGAGGGGUCAGUAUUUCGUCGUAGAUCAGAAAUACUCCCAUUGACAUUGUACAUCCCAACCUUUAGGAUCAAACUAAAAUAAUAACAGGUGCAGAAAUAACCUAGAUUAGUUUAAGCCGCUCUAAUCUUCACUACCUAUAGAUUGAAUUCAAAUGACAUAACACUAACGAUACUGACAGCUACACAAAAAUACACAUUCCCCAUCAUAAAUUAGUUCGUUCGCAAUCUCGUAGCGUUCUUGUGAAAGUACUUUUAAUUUUGAACGUACAGGUUAAAUGCUGUAUUUAAGGGCGGUAACUGUCUAAUAAUUACGUACUAUUGGGGUAGAAUGGAUAUCACCGCACUAUAAGGUAGUGCCAUUUGCGUAUUUGAGGUUGAAAAGUUUCUUACCAACUAACAGGUCUAAACCACUAUACUUCUCGGGUUGUUUCUUUAAGGUUAUCGAUAUUUAUCCCUUUAUUGGGUUAGAAAAAUGGGGAGAGUUGGUUGUGCUGCCACUUUAUCUCUAUUGCUUUUUUAUUCUUCAACAUGUUAAUAAACUUCUUGAACACAUUUGUCUUCAAUGGACAAUAUCAGGACGCAGUCGUAUUCAACAGGUUGGUAUCGACCUUGAUGUCAGGAAACAAUGAUUGUUAUCCUGAAACAAAUGUGGUAGCGCUCUGGCAUUUGAUAGAGAGUCAAGAUGUGGUCAGUGGGUCGAAAACUAGUCUUUGAACAUAACUAUGAUAUUUGGUUUUAACAGGAUUUGUACCUAGUUUAUUUAGAUCAGUCCAUUUAGGACAAUGAAUUUGUUGGACUCUAAAACAAAAGAUAAGGGGAUAUUAUUGUAGUAUCAAUACGGAUAGGUGCUCCAGUUCCGUACACAGCCACCCUAUCGGUAACCGACGACUUCGAGCAGAGCAAGAAUUACAGGUAGCAAAGAGGUAGGCGAUAAUAGGAAAAGAAGUUGGUGCUGAUCUGAAAUAGAUUGUAAAUCUCACAGAGCUUUAGAAAUCGGUCAGCGUUAUCCGAUCUGUUGCCAACAUUCCCCUUCAGCCACCCAUACGAUUCUCAUCUGCUCUUAAACCCUAGGCCUACAUUUAAAAGUUAUUUAUUUGCUCACUUGGUUCGAAAUAAUAAUAAAGAAAUUGUGUGAGAUUUCUUCAAAUAAACUUUUAUGGAGAUUCUCUGGGUCCUUCGGAAAUUUCUAGAAAAAAAGACAAAUCUUAAUGAUUUCCUGUCGGUUGUGGAGAUUUGGUUGUAUUCUCAAUAUAUCUGUAACUUAUUAAUCAAUACAUUCCCAAAAAUGUACAAGACUAAAAAAAUCAAUUAUGACUGACCAAUUAAAUUUAUUACAAUGAUUUUACAAAAGACUAAUUGUUUUUUUAGUAUCGUUUAAUAAUCACUGAGUCAAAACUUAUUCUCAGUUACAGUGUUAUUUUAAAGAUCGUUGCAUACUCCGAUAAGUAUAAAUCUAUUCCUGUUAUAUACCAGUGAAUUGGGGACAUCUGAUAUUGAAAUCGUCAGUUUUCAGUUGAACUUAUUAUCUACUUUUCCUAGUGAAUAUUUUCGUUGUUUAUUAUUAUUUUUACUGUAUAUAAUAGAAGAAAAUUGAGUAGAUAUUGUACAGCAUUUGUAAAGAAAACAAUAAUUCCGGAAGGAAAUUAUCUAGUUUUAUUUUCAUCUAAUUAACUCAAAACA